CAGAGUAUUGGCUUUCACAGCUAUGCAGCGUCCAUGGCAUGGAGGUUUUGCCUUCGCAAAACCACGUUGAAGCCUUGCUGACGGAGGGAUAUUGCGUCAUUGAUGGACGAACUCAAUUGCAGCUACAAAUCCUGCAGGCCCAGAGCGAGGUUGCGGAGCUUGUGCAGCAUGGCAGCUUCCGGGUGCUUCCGGACGAGAUCCGCAGCGGCCUCCUGGGACGAGGGUCCUGCCGCAUUGCAGAGCUGCCUUCGCCCCUUUUGUGCCGAGAGGGUCCUGCCAGUGCCUUGGAGACUCUGGAUGCGACCUUGACCCGCCUUGCCAAAGUAGUCUCAAGUUAUUGGCAGAUUUCUGGACGCAGUGUGGGAAUUCUACAUGAGGCGUCUUCCAAGCUGCUGGACGCAGAACUCACACAGGCCGAAUGCUGCAAAUGGUUUGGCCACUUUGUGUGCAACCGAGUCAUGGUCUUGAUUUACUUGGGACCUGGGAAAGCGCAGCUGAAGCUGGAACCGGAGGAAGAUGGAAGUGAGAGUGAGGGCGAAUUCUCAGACGCCUGGCCGGUCACAGAGGUGCUAAAUCCUGGCGACCUGGUGCUUGUGCAGCAAGAGUUGCAACUGAGGCUACACUCAAGGGAGCAGUGCUACUGCCUAAGCUGCUUUCUUCAGGGCCGACCGCAGCUGACCUCUUGUGCCAAGGUGUUGCAAGAGUGGGCGGAGAACUAUGCAGAAACUGAGACACCCACUGAUGAACGAUUGCAGCUACUGCAGGAUCAUUUAUAUUGCAAGGGCCUUGGGCUUGCCGUUUGCAGCUUUGGAGGUCGACUGCCAUCCAGCUGGCAGGUGGACGCUUGGUCCUCUGCUCAGCUCUGGGGACCUGAUGUGGUGCUUCAGGUCCCGCUGACCCGUUGGGACCACGAAGAGCUAUACGAUCCUAAGCCAAGUGCGUGGCAAGAGGGGAAGACCUACUGCAGGCAUGCCGGCUUUAUGGACGGCAUCGAUCUGUUCGACUACCGUCUCUUCAACAUCUCCGUGCGGGAGGCGGGGGAGAUGGAGCCUAGGCAGCGCAUGGCCUUGGAGGUGGCUUACGAGUCCCUGCAACGUGCUGGUUUCAGGAAGCCUCGAUUGUCCGCAAGUACUGGAGGCAUCUAUGUUGGAGCAGAGAAUUGGAGUGAGUGGGAUGGUUGCAGUACGUCCAGUUUUACAGCCACAGGCAGAGCUUCAUCCAUUUUGGCAGGGCGCAUCAGCUAUGUCCUGGGUCUCAAGGGGCCCGCUGUGGCCUUGGACACUGGGGACUGCUCUGGCCUCACCGCCGUCAACUUUGGUGCCAAAGCCUUGCAGGAGGAUGGUUUCACAUCCAUCCCGGAGUUCUGCUGCUCUCUGGGGACAUCGGUGCUUCUUGCUGGGCACCGAUGGGUCUCUCGGCAGGCAGCAGGGCUUCUGUCAUCUUCGGGGAGGUGCUUCACCUUUGACAGCGCGGCGUCCGGGCUCUUGCCGGGGGAAGCCACUGGAGCGUUGAUUCUCAGGAGAGAGGUGGAUGAGCCAGAGGGCUUUCUUGAAGGUCUGGCCAUGCAACAUCUGGGUCGAGCUGCGAGUUUGUCAUCGGCCAGCUCAUCUGGGGAGCAAGAAGUCUUGGCAGAGGCUGUUGGUCGGGCUGGUGUUCGUCCAAGCAGUGUAGACAUUUCUGAAUGCAGCGGACGGAGCACCCUGCUGGAUGACGCGGCAGAAGUUCUGGCACUGUGCAAGGUCUUGGGAGCUGACCGUCGAGUACCUCUGCAGCUGACAGCUUUAAGGCCUGGACAAGGUGGUCUUGAAAAUCUGCCAGGCCUUUGUGCACUGCUGAGGACACUGUGGGCAGCUAGCCAUCGGGCCCAAGUGCCAGCUGUUCAUUUGAGGCAGCUCAAUAGCUACCUGGAGAGAUAGUAGCGGAUGCCGUGCUCCUUCCAACUCUCUCUUUCCGGCCCGGGUACAGUACCCACUGGGGCCGACCCGGGUACAGUGCCCGUGUGCUGCUAGUAGGUGCGGUUGCACGUGGUUUUUCACACUUGAGGCACUGGAGCUAGUUGGAAAGUAGUUGAACUCCUACUGGUAGCAGUUAAGAAAAC